UAGUACAAAAUAGUAUGCAAACUACAACGCCCAAAUUACAUUGUAGGUUUAUCAUUAGGCCUACUAUGUUUAGGUUACAUAUGUAACCAUACCUGUUAGCUAUUUUAGUACCUGACUGUGAAAUAGGAAUCGAGUUGCUUUCCGUUGUGUGUCCAUGAAUUUGUAAUGUGACAUUUUAUGGAUUCUGAAAAAUGUGUGCCUGCAUACUUACAGUACCAGAAAUGAAGAAAUUCUGCAUAUUCUGAUUUUUUCGGCAGCUAAAUUAAGAAGAAGGAAUAGAAAAUGGAUAGAUUUAUCUGUGGAAUUUGUAAUGAAGAAAUGGACAAUGUCCUUACUUUUCUACAGCACAAAGUCAAUCAUGUUGGUCCAGGUGUUCCUGCAGGUUGUGACUUGUGUCGGCUAUCCUACACCAGACAAAACACCCUGAGGGACCACUACAAGAAAAAGCACAGGGUCAACAUCCAAGUCAGGAAUCAACCAAUCAGGAGCGGCCUCCAGAAUCUUACUCGACCAAACCCAGUCAAGUGUGCGAACCAAGAAGAUGGCCAUCCAGCUAAUGAUAGCAAAGACCCAAACACAACUAGAAUUGCCUCUUGUGUUGAAACUUCCCAAACCAAGUCGGAAGAUGACUCGCCUGAAGUUUUGUCCACGGAUAUUCUGCUGAAUGAUAUCGAUGGUGAAAUUGAAAACUCUUCCGUUGGGAAUGUAAGGAACAUUUAUAUUCACGUGGAACCUGCUUUGAGUCAGGAAGAGAUCAACAAUGAUGUUGAAGAAUCUGAAAAGCAGGAUGGGAAAAUUAAACAGUCUGGUAAUAUAGCAGAGGCAGCUAUGGAAGAUUUUCUAAACACACCUGAGAAUGAAAACUUGCCACACAAAGAUAUAUCAGAUCUGUCCCAGUGUUUAGAAGAUUUUCAUAGGUUCUCGAGUGUUGACGGAGAAUCUGCUCUGACACCAUGUACCAAGGACGAGGAUAUUUCUGGAAAUCUUGAAAAUCAUGAUUCAGCAAUGGAAACAGAAAUUUCAUCUGAUGGAUCUGAAAAUUUCAAAGAAAAUUCUAUUCCAAAACGUUCUGAUCUCGCCAUGGGUAGUACAGAUGUGUGCAACUUCACUCCUGAUGCAGUUCAAGAAACACAAGAGGGGGAUUAUUUCUUUAUUUUCUAUAUGGAAGAAAAGGAGGGACAGUCCAUUGGAUAUGGAAAAAUGAUGUUAAAAUGUUUACACUGUAGCUAUGUCACCGAUUUUAAAGCCUCCCUUUCUCGCCAUAUGAAAAAAGAACAUCCAGAUAUGAUUAACUUGCAUAGCAAAAUCAAAAUUGUAAUGCAUGGUAAUGAAAAGGAUUUCAAGGACCAAAAAGUCAUGAAGAUGUCCGAGUACAAUGCGAUGCAGGCUAGUGAACGUCGAAAGAAGAACGGAAAGAAAAUCAGAGGAGUGGAGACUCAAGACUUGGUGGGAAAUUAUACAUGUGGAAUUUGCUCAAAAGUGUUCAACAGACUGCGAUAUCUCAGGAAACAUGUGUUGACUCAUCAAAACAACCAGCAGUUUCUGUGUGACGAGUGCGGUAAAUCAUUCAAGACCAAGACUUAUCUCACGGCUCACCGAAAAACUCACAAGAAGGAAGCAUUCCAUUGUAGGCAAUGCGACUUUGUGUCGACCGUAGCUCUGGCAAUCCACACACAUCGCCAAAUCCACACGGAAGGAAGUGUGAUAUGUGAUAUAUGUGGGACAGCUUAUUCCGAUAAGUCCACGCUACUAAAACACAAACAAGUCCAUGACAUAUCUCGCCCCUACGCGUGUGAUUUCCCAGGUUGUACUUUCAGAUUUAAAACAGAAUUGAGGUGUAACGCUCACAUUAAGAAUCACAGUAAUACUCAAGGACAGUUUAAAUGUCACAAAUGCAAUUACCUCUUUCGGUACAAGCAUCACCUGAAGAGACAUGAGGCAAAAAAACACGGUCUCAUCACAUCCGGUGUUGAGAAAUCCAAAGAUGGAGAUCAGGAGGAUUCGCUGAAAUCCUUGGUGAUUGAAGAAAUUCACGAGAUAGACUCAGUGAACUUGAUCGUGGAUCAUGAGAUCAACCGAGACCAGUUCAAUCUGCAGUCUGCCUUACAGAACAGUUCCCUGGUGAUCGCAACAGACGAGGAAGGCAAUGCCGUGAACUACGAGGUGGCGGACAUUUCCAUGAACGUCCAAUACCAGACAUUCAUGUCUGGGACAGAUCUGGCCUGUCAGGCAGAUGGACACUCCGUGUUGAUGCCCCAGAGUGACAGUGUUAUUGUGACAGGGGACCAGUCCGAUUCUAUCGGCCAUUCUUCUCAUGUCAUUGAGACUGAGGUGUGCAGCUCAACUGUUGUAGAAUAAGCUACAUGUUUUGUAGCCAAGAAAUAAAUUAUUCAAAUAUUUAUUUAUCUGUCCUUUACAUAGAUAAUUGUUUAUUAUUUCAAAUGAUCAUGAGAUUAAAAAAUGUUAGAAAUAUAUUGAUUGGAGCAUAAAUACACGUACCUGGUACAUUUAUUUCAACAUUAAUCACUAUUUUUAGCUCACCUGAGCUGAAAGCUCAAGUGAGCCCCAGAGUGACAGUGUUAUUGUGACAGGGGACCAGUCCGAUUCUAUCGGCCAUUCUUCUCAUGUCAUUGAGACUGAGGUGUGCAGCUCAACUGUUGUAGAAUAAGCUACAUGUUUUGUAGCCAAGAAAUAAAUUAUUCAAAUAUUUA